AUGGCUGAAGCAAAUGAAGAACAUGUUGAACUUGCAGUUCAAUCACAACAACAACCAGAAUACGAUGAAGAAGCAACAAUUGCUGAAAUUGCAAAAGGACAAGAUUUGCUGCAACAAAGUAAAAUGAUUUUCGAGAAGUUUUUGUCACAUGGAAUUGCAAUUGAUCAAUUUGAACAUGUGAAUGGGCGAUUAACAAUGACAGGAUGCAAAGUUAAAUAUCCGGUGAGCUUUUAAAUAUCAGAAUUUAGUUGGGCACCUGCUAAAUGUCAUUUUCAUAUUUUAUAUCAGUUUUUUCCAGAUCUCCACUGCCGAAAUUCGUCGACGAACAUCUGCUCCCGAAUAUCUGAAUAGUUCCUCAAUUGCUGGACUUUUGCGUCGAUGUAAAGUGAAAAAUGACGGAGAAGAUAUGCGAAACAAAUUGAAACAACAUGGAAUUGAAAUGACAAAAUGUAAAAGAAAAGGAAUUCGAGCAACUGCAAUAACAGGAAUCUGUGAAGUUGCUCGAUUUUUCGAAUGAUUUGGAAACAAUCACAAGAGAAAGUUAUCCGAAUAAAGAAAUUGCACAAUGUAUUACAAAUAAAGUAAAAACACAUGGAGAACAACAAGAAAUUAUUGAUGAUGCAAAUGAAUUCAUGUAAGUUUUCAAUGUUUUUGUUUGUCUCAACAAAUAUAAAUCCAGAAUAAUUUUUGCAGGGCAGUAAUGGCACAUUUCAUGGUGGCAGUCAAUUCAUGUCAACCACAAUUAACAGGAAUGACUGAACAAAGAGGCGAAAAUCGUGAAUUCGCCGAAGCAAUGAAUACAUAUUCAAAAGUUACACAUGGAUUUGGAACACAAAAUCACAAAACAUGGAUUGAACAAUUAUUGAAAAUUGGAACGGAAUUGUGUAAUUAUGUGCCAACUGCAAAACCUCAUCAAAUUGAUGUCGAACUUUAA